AUGGACUAUCGCGUUGAAAAUGGUAGAACUUAUCACAGAUAUAAGGAUGGAAAAUACAACAUCCCCAAUGAUGAGAAGGAAAUUGAGAGACUUGGCGAGAGCCAACGCGAUCCUUUCCCAUCAAGAUUCAUGUGUCUAAUAUGCGAGCCAGAUUUGCAACAUACUCUAUUCCUACUCACUUUCAGUGACAAGCUCGGGAUGGCCCCUCCCUGCGAUAAAGGAGCCUGCGCUGGCCACGUACUUGAUAUAGGGACUGGGACUGGGAUCUGGGCGAUAGAUUUUGGAGAUGAGCACCCAGAAGCAGAGGUUUGUUAUUAUACUCGCGACCCUAAUAUUAUGCUUAUGCGCGAUAGCUUGCCACCAAACGUGCGGUUCGAGAUAGCAGACUUUGAGGAGCCAUGGUCUUUCGGUCGACAUUUCGACUACAUUCACAGUCGAAUGAUGAACUCAUCUGUUGGUGACUGGAAUGAGUAUAUUCGAACAUGUCACGAGUAG